CUGUGCCCCCUUUAACAAAUUCAAUUUGCUGGGCAAAUGGGGAGACAGAGAGGGAUGCUGUGGGCCCUCGCAGGUUUCUGGGCAUGGCUGCUGUGCGCGCCUGGGAGAACAGCUGCCGUCCCAAUUCCCACGGAAUGGGAAGAAGCAGACUUGGGUGACUACAGCACCACCAGUGAUGGGCUUUCCUGGGGCACAGACAGUGACUAUUUCGAGCCCACCGUGGUUCUGACCACAGAGGAGGCGCCUGCCUUCAUGGAGGAAACCCGAGGCACAGAAUUCUAUACUCCUAGCCCUCUCCUUGGGAAACCAGAAGGAAACCCGGGUUCUAUUAGCUCAGCGAACUCUUCCAGUCCCACGGAGGAAGAAACGCCAGGUUCUCAGCCGGCCUCCACUCCUGCAGCAAAAGUGGCUUCUUCCACUGAUGUUUCCAAGAAACCAGGAAUCACACCCCCAGGAGGGAACGCCAAGGAAACGACAGAAGUCCAUGUCGAAGAAAAGGCUGUCUUCCCGGCCAGGACGAACUCUUCUUUGGAAGAAGCGACAACUAAAACAGCUGUAGUGGUGUCGAAGGAGGAAGAGGCAGCUGGAUCUCCCGCAGGGAGGCCUGAAGAAACAGCCACAGCAGCCAUCUUGCUUUCUUCUGCCUCUCCCGAGGAGCAGCCUGAAGGAACAGAGCUUCUAACGGAGCGGUACCCCAGUACAAUGGACACAUCUCUUCCCAGCGCGACCAGCAGUGAAGGGAUACGGGCAUCUUCCUCCAAGGAAGGUGCAAAUGGCGAUGCUUCUGGCAAAAUGAGUUUUCCACCACCAGCUGCUGGAGACGAGGAGGCAAUGGACACGGACACUGGGGGAAGCAAUGUGGGUUUCCAGCUCAACCCCACCGUAGCUUCAUGGGAGGAAACACCAGGUGUCGUCCCAGAACCAGAUGAGGAGACUCCAGAUGCUGGCAGUGAAGCUGCAGCCCCGUCCUCAGGCCCAGGAGCAGACCCUUCCAGCCACACAGAAGAGCUGCUUGUAGAAGAAGCAGGAGCUGCUCUUUCUGGUGGAAGCUCUCCUCCACCACCUCCAGAGGGAGAUGCUGUGACGCCACCCCAAGAAUUGCCCCCAUCCGGUUCGUUGCCGUCCAGCGACAUAACUGCAGAGUCCUCGGGAGCCGGUGAGCUGGCUGCAGCUUCCACUCAACUGCCUGCUGCUGAUGAAGCUCCUCUGGAUGUAGAAUCAGUUCCUGGAGAAGGAAGGGGCGAUGCAGAUAGCUCUCUGUCUGCAGGAGAGCCCGAAAGCGACACUGAGGCAACGGCAAUUCCCUCUUCUGCUGGCCCAGAAGUUGGCCUUCAAAACACAGCCGAUGUGCCCACUGGAGAAUCAGAAGACCUCCUGAGUGAAGAAUCGUCCGGUUCCCUUCCAGUAGAUGAGUCAACGGUAGAUAGUCCACCCGGCAUUUUAUCUCCCAGUGAUGCUCCCUCUGGGCCUUCAGAUUCUGAUUCUGAUGCCACGGUGUCUUCUCCUGUUGGACUCCCAUUGGGAUCGGGUUCUGCUUCACAGUUACCUGAGGAUGGUGAGACCCAGGCAUCUUCUACAACUAAUGAAGAGGCAGAGGCAUUUUCUAGAAGCCCAGACAACAACAAGGAAGCAUCUUUUGCUUCAGUGUCUCCAGACCUUGGACCAGCUUUUUCAGGAACAGAUGUCCCUGCUGGAGAAGAAGUUUCUGCAGACCUUGCCAGUGGGGCAGCCUCCCCUUUGAAUCCUGGUGUGGAAACAGAUAGUUCAGAGGUGGCAGAAAAUGAGCAGCCCACAGUCUCAAGCCAGAGCGAGCCCUCUUCAGAUAGGACCACAAUAAAUUCAGCUGGGGUAGCAGAGAAGGUGCCAGGGACUUUGCCCGACACCAAAACAACCCCUCCUUCUCUCCUGGAGGAUGAAACACCAUCCGAAGCUCAGGGGUCAUCUGAAGAAACACCCUCCCCUAUGUCUUCUCAGAGGGAGGAGGGAGAGACCUCCCCCAGCGAAGCACCUGGAAAGGUUGGUUCUUCUCCUGAAGGCAGUGCGGCAGCUACAGGACCAGAUGUUGCAUCAGGAUCAGCCACAACUGAUGCAGUCGCAGAAACGAGCAGCGAAGGCCAGAGCGAGACAGACUCCCCACUCUCCAGCAUGGAGCUUAUUCCACCUGUGGGAGAGACCUUGGACAUUGAAGAAUCUUCAGGUCUGUCACCUGCAGAGGACAUGGUGGUAACAGAUCCAUCGGGAGGACAAUCCACCUUUCCUUCCACAUCUCCUUCUGGUCCCUCCGCUACAGAUGCAAUGGAAGCUCCAUCAAAUGGACCACCUGGCUCUCCAUCUUCCUCCCACCUACCCCCAGGCAAUGACACGGGGGCAGGCUCAGAGGUCACCACGGGGCCAGAGGAACUAGGGCAUUCUGCUGCUGUGAACGGGGAGGAAGCAUCUCUUUCCCCGGUGUCCACCGCGGAGCCUGAACUGGCUCCUGCAGAAACAGAGGCUGCUGAGGAUGGAAAUGUUUCUGAAGACCUAGACAAGGCAUCAGCCUUACCCUCCAGAGAAGAGACAGUAGGUGCCACCUCAGAGACAGCAGUUGACGAGGGAUCCCCUUCAGAUAGCAGCAGUUUUCUGGAUGAAGUCAACACACUGCCCCCAGAGCCACAGCUAGGCCCAGGAAGUGCAGCAGAGAAUAGUCCACCAAGCUCUGCAGAGGUGACAGAUGCAGAAUCUGGAGAUCUUACACUCCUUCCUGAGAGUGCUGGAAAAUCAACGGAAGCUCAAGAGUCAUCAGGAAAAAAACCCUCUUCUGCAUCUCCUUCUGGGUCCUUCAGUGCGGAAGACGAAGAAGGAGAAGCCUCCCCAAGCCCAGCUUCUGACAACCUUGGUCCUUCCCCGCAAGGCACUGAUAUUUUAGAAGGUAGCAGGGAUGGUGAGGGCAGCCCUGGAUUGGUUGAAAAUGAAGUAGGUGGGACAACCAACAACGGGAGCCAAGCUGGAACGGAUCUCCCAUUUUCAGAUGCAGAAAUUGGCCCCACUGAAAGAUCAGAGCUGCCUGCAGGACCACCAGGAGCUGAUGGAGAAACCCCAAGUCAGCCACCUGUAGAGGAUGGCGAGACAUUAGUAGGAAACACAGCCUCAGGAGAAGAAUCUCCCUUAGUCACCCCAAGUGAAAAAUCUCCCCCUUCCGUUGCUUUUGAGCCAUCAGGAGCUGAGCCUAGUGGGUCCACUAGCUCUCCAGUCUCCGAUCAGCUGUCUCCAGAUGUUGCAUUAAAACCAGGCUCCGCAGCUUCUGAGGAGGCCCAGGGAUUGGAAGAUACUUUUAGUGUGCAAGGAAAGGAUUUGGUUCCAAUAGACACAGGGUCACCACCGGCCUCCCCCUCCAAUGAUGAGAUAGGAGGUACUGGCUCAGACUUGGCAGGUAGUGAGGAGUCUCCAGAAGAUGCUACAGAAGAUGCUACAACAGCAACAAAUGAGGGAGCAGAACCACCUGAAGGCUCUUCCAGUGUCAGCAGCAAGGAAACAGACUUGGCUCCGUCAGCUUCAAAGCCACCAGUUUCCUCUUCUUCCCUUGAAGAGCUGCAAAUGGAUGGAUCGCCACCAGUCAAUAGCGAGGAGUCUACUCUGUCUCCAGGUGAUGCAGUGAGAGCAGGACCUGCCACUUAUGAGGAGGGAGAAGAAUCAGAAGACACCUCUGCUGAAAAUGGAAAGGAACCAUCCUUGUCUCCAUUGGCCACAGAGUUACAAUCAGCCACUGUCUCCACCCAAGGCGUGGAAAAUGCCAUCUCUGAAUCAGAAGCCAAUGCAGGAUCUCAACCAUCUCAAGAUGCCGCAGGGCCUGGAGCUUCUGAAGGCAUCGAACAAGGGGGAAACUCUUCUGGUGCGAGUGAGCAAGAAAUGCCUUUGGGUUCAUUGGUUGGAGAAUCACCGAAAACAUCUGCAGAUGAAGAGGUUUCUGAAGGCCUUGUUGAAGGAAGACCUUCCCUCUCCACUGAGUGGGUGGAUCCUGCUAGCUUUGAGAAGGCAGCAGGGAAAGGAUCUCAACCACCACUAGUUAAUGCAGGAGUGUCCAAUGGGAAGAAACCCUCGUCGGUUCCAUCGGCUGCAGAGCCACAGUCAGACUCUCUGUUGACUGAAGGGGUGGAAAUGCCCAGCUUGGGGCCAGCAACUGACCCAGGACCUCAACCAUCCGUAGAUAGUGGAGCAACAGCAGGGGCUGUAGUUUCUGAGGAGGGAGAAGAAUCCUCUUUGGCCCCAACAUCAACAGAAUUACAAUCCUCUGGAACAAGCGAAGAAGUUUCUGGAGGGCUUAGCAGUGGAGAAUCUUCCACCCACCCUGAAGGUGUGGAAACAGGGGCUGUAGCCUCUGAGGAGGUAGUAGAAUCAAUAAUAAGUGGAAAUAAUUCCUCUUUGGCCCCGUUGUCACCAGAUUCACAAUCCUCUGGAACAUCUACAAGUGAAGAUGUUUCUGGAGGGCUUGGGGAAUCCCCUCUCCUCCCCGAUGAUGUGGAAACACCUAUUUUGGAGUCAGCAACGAACACGGGAUCUCAGUCAUCACCAGAUGGCGCAGCAGAGGGUGUAGCUUCUGAGGAGGGAGGAAAAUCAGAAGACGUUUCUCCUGUGAGUGGGAAAGAGCCAUCUUUACAUGCAUUGCCCACAGCCUCACAAUCUUCUGGAACAUCUGCAAGCAAUGGGGUUUCUGAAGGACUUGGUGGUGGAGAUUCCUCCCUGGCCACUGAAGGGGUGGAAGCAGCCGGCUCAGAGUCAGCAGCAAGCAAGGCAUCCCAACCAUCACUAGAUGAUGCAGCAACAAUAGUGUCCAAGGGGAAGGAACCAUCAUCGGCUCUAUUGACUGCAGAGUCACCAUCGGACUCUUUGUCAACUGAAGAGGUAGAAUCACCCAGCUUGGGGACAGCAACAAAUGCAGGAUCUCAACCAUCUGCGGACAAUGCAGCUACAGCAGGAGCUUCUGAGGAGGGCACGAGUGGGAAGGAAGCAUCAUUUAAUGCAUUGUCCACAGAAUCACAAUCCCCGGGAACAUUGACAAGUGAAGAUGUUUCUGGAGGACUUGGUGAUGGAGAACCGUCCCUUCCCACUGAAGAGGUGGAAACUGCCAGUUUGGGAUCAACAGGCACCAAGGGAUACACCUCUUCCACAGAGACAGUCCUGGGCCCAGAAAACGUAGCAGAGCAGCUGGAAGAGAAAUCUGGGCCAAUCACAGGUGCAGAAUCUUUCCCUCAACCCUCUUCUGUGAUUGACAAAGCUUCAGGAGGAACCUUGCCUUCUGUUUCUGCAUAUUCUGAUGAGAGCUUGGCCACCAAUGCGGGGGUAAACCAACUCUCUGGCAUUACAGAGUCUUCUCAACCACCUCCAGGGAGUGGAGAUGUGAGUGACAACAUGGCAGGUCUUGAUAACACAGGAAGUUCAGAAAAGUCUGUAAGUGGACAGCCUGCUCCUUCCAACAGUGAUGCCCUGGGUAGGCCAGAUUCUUCCUCUCCAGCGGCAGAAGUCAGCACAGAGAUUCUAAGAGGAGAUUUGGGGAAUGGCCCAGGGUCCUUGAAUAGAGAGGAAUCUCCUUCUGCCUUAUCACCCCCCAAUAUCACACUGCCCCCUGGGCCCGCCAACCCAUAUGUCAAAGGCACAGGAAAUAUCAUUGCUGGUGGCUCAUCGUCUCAGAAGGUAGAAGAGGCACCAGCUGGCUUAGAAGCAGGAAAAACAGACUCUUUCCCCUCUGAUUCAGAGACCCAAGAAUCCAGACCCUCGCCCAAUGGGCUUUUGAGCUCUUCCACAGCGUCCGAAGGGAGAGGCGAUGCGGACAGCUCAGUUUCGGCAGCUGACAAGGGUCCAGCCACCACAUCCACCCUGUCUAGCACACAACUGAGUCAAGCGAAUACCCCGAAACUGCCUUCUGGGGCAGAAUCAGGACCUGAGACCAAAGGAGGGAUGUCUCCUCUGUCCUCAAAGUCUGAAGUCACAGGAAGUGCUAAGCCACCCAAAAAGCCAGCAUCUCCUGCUGGUUCCGGCAUCUCAUCCCUGCCUCCUUCCUCCGCCGAGAGUAAGCCGGCUGUCGGUGUGAGCAAAGACACCUCUGACAACAGCAAAGCACCUUCCUCUGCGGGGAAACCACCCAGCUCUGCCCUUGCAACAUCCAGCAGCAACUCUCCGGUUUCCAAGCCCACAAAGUCGGUGUCUUCAAUCAGUUCCAGCAUCUCAUCCCUGUCUCCUUCCUCCACGCAGAAAAAGCCAUCUGUCGGCGUAAGCAAAGCCGCAUCUGCCAAUAGCAAAGGGGAACCAGAGGUCCACCUUGCCGCCGCAGGAGCUACUAAAUCCUCAGAAGCCACUGGCAAGACAGAGAAGAAGCCCAAUUCGAGAGCCCAGAAUUCCAAGGACAGGAAAGCAGCGACUGCCAAUAGGAACUCAGCAAAGUCAGGCCGCGUCCCUGCGGUUCCAGUUCCUGUAUCACCACCAGGUGUGCGUGGUCUCCGGGUGUACUAUCUGAACAGCCGCAUCCAGAUGAACUACAGGCAGCGGUGCCUCAACUGGCUUAGCCAUGAGAGGCAGCCAUCUGCCUGGAACAAGGACCUGCCUGCCUGCCCUUGCUCUCUGCAACAGGGGCUGUCGGAUGAUCGCUUCUCCCUCAGCAAACAAGGUUUGCUGGACUCUCGCUUAACCAUGCUGUAUUCCUCUGCCCCAAACAAGUACGGUGCUGGGGUCCGGUGUCUUUAUAACAGCAAAAACCAGCUUGUGGAAGGUCGCCAGGAAAGAGUCUGGAAGGGUUCAAGGAGAAGCUUCCCCAACAGUGACGAAGAGUUGAAAUUAUAUGACUGGUGCUGUAACCGGACCGGAAACCUCCAGUUCUGUGAUAAGUACAGCCAGAAAAGGCCAAAGAUCGGCUGUGACGGAUACAGGCCUCCAAUCCGGGCGACUUCAUCGGAAGAGGAGGUGGACAGCAAAUCAGAGGAAGACAGAGAUUGAGAUCUCCUCCUCCUCCUCCUCCUGCAGACCUUGUUUUGCCGCAGAUCAACAGCAGUGAUUCGCCCAUCGGACUCCUUUUUGCUCCUCUGUUUUAUGUAGGAGAUGAAUGGGGGAACUGCUUCCAAAUCUGAAACAAAAUAAAAAAAUUCUUCCAGUAGCACCUU